CGACAAUUGGCUUACUAGUCGCGCCUGCGCAGUAGUUCAAAGCUUUGUUAUUUCAUUUCAGUAUGGCCCUUAGCAAGACGUUUGGACAAAAACCGGUCAAAUUUCAGCUCGAGGAGGAUGGAGAUUUUUACAUGAUCGGGUCGGAGGUGGGAAACUACCUCCGUAUGUUCAGAGGCUCCCUGUAUAAAAGAUAUCCAUCAUUAUGGAGGAAACUGGCAUCGGUAGAAGAACGGAAGAAAAUAGUGGAGUCAUCACAUGAUCAUGGUUACACGCAGCUGGCCACCAGCGUCACCCUGCUGAAGGCUUCUGAGGUUGAGGAGAUCCUUGAAGGAAAUGACGAGAAGUACAAAGCUGUCUCCAUCAGCACGGAGCCCCCCGCCUACCUCAGGGAACAGAAGGCGAAGAGGAACAGCCAGUGGGUUCCCACACUGCCCAACAGUUCUCACCACCUGGACGCUGUGCCCUGCUCCACCACCAUCAACCGCAGCCGACUGGGUCGUGACAAGAAGAGGACCUUCCCACUGUGCUUUGACGACCACGAUCCAGCAGUGAUCCACGAGAACGCCACUCAGUCUGAAGUUCUGGUUCCAAUCCGUCUGGACAUGGAGAUUGAGGGGCAGAAGCUCAGAGAUGCUUUCACCUGGAAUAUGAAUGAGAAGCUCAUGACGCCUGAGAUGUUCGCUGAGAUCCUCUGUGACGACCUAGACCUCAACCCACUGGCCUUCGUCCCUGCCAUCGCCUCUGCCAUCCGACAGCAGAUUGAGUCUUAUCCGACAGACAGUAUCCUGGAGGACCAGACGGACCAGAGGGUCAUCAUCAAGUUGAACAUCCAUGUUGGGAACAUCUCUCUGGUGGACCAGUUUGAGUGGGACAUGUCAGAGAGGGAGAACUCUCCAGAGAAGUUUGCCCUGAAGCUGUGCUCCGAGCUCGGCCUGGGCGGGGAGUUUGUCACCACCAUUGCCUACAGCAUCCGCGGUCAGCUGAGCUGGCAUCAGAGGACGUAUGCCUUCAGUGAGAACCCCCUCCCCACAGUGGAGAUAGCCAUCAGAAACACGGGCGAUGCUGACCAGUGGUGCCCACUGCUGGAAACCCUGACAGACGCAGAGAUGGAGAAGAAGAUCAGAGACCAGGACAGAAACACGAGGCGAAUGAGGCGACUGGCGAACACAGCACCGGCAUGGUAGACGCAGCGGUGCCAGCGGCCCUACAGGACUGUUGCUUGUUUGAUUUGAGGUAUGGCGCUGUCAUGGUUCGCAACUUCACCAACUAUGAUGUUCCUCCAUCUCGACCCAGUCCUCAGUCCACCGUUCACCGCGUUACUUUUUAUCAUUAAUACUUUGUUCUGUUUGACAAAGCGCUCGGUAGAAAACGUCCCUACUCUGUGUUUCCCUUGUGACCUUCAGCGUGGAGAAGCUGCUCUCUCACUUUGACUCACUGACUCUCUUCACCUGACCACAGAGGGAGGAAAAGACACACAGCCGGUCUCAGAUAAUAUAUUAUGUUGUAUUUGUUGUCUUUUUGUACAUUUUAUUAAUUCUUACAAAAUAAAAACAAGUGAAAGCUCGA